CCUCGCGAAAGACUAUUCAGUCGUGUCUAUCGUCUUUGAUAAGAGUGAGUGCAACAAUUCCCAAUUCAUACCUGAUUCUAUUCUAUAAUUUAAUUUUUUUUAUUACAGCUUACAAUUUUAAACUUAUUAAAGGAAAUAAAACCUUAGCAAAUAUCAAAACGUGGAUAUUUUUGAAGUAUCAGAACACGUUUCAAAAAAACCAUGAAUUAUAGCAAUAUCCAUCCCAGAAAUUCAAUUUCAUAUGCACCAUCUGCGAAGAAAAAGUUUGAAAAGCUCUCAAGUGGAAACAGCACAUCAAUGAAUAUUGAAAUCUCGUAUUUAAAUAUUCGAAAUAGUGAAAAUAAAGCGGAAUGGAUAGAGGAUUCUCCGUAUAAUCAUCAUGAAUGGAUAAUAUGUGAAGUGAUACAUCUUGUGUGUUUCUUCCUUGCUUUAUACAUGCUGUAUGCUCUUGUACAUUUCUACACCGUACAGCAGAGACAUCGAAUCUAUUCUGGUCGUUCAAGCGGAAGUAGAUGGCUUGAGAAAAUGUGUAUUAUGUCGGCCGUAUGCGCCAUCGUCCGGUUUACCAACAACCAAUAUUUACUGUUCACUUGGUGGCAUGAAAGAGACCAUUGCUCUGUUGUGCUGAACAUCAGCAUCGCGUUGUAUUUUGUAUCUAUGUAUCCGAUAUAUUUCUUUCUCUGGCUGAGACAGAGAAUCUUCUAUUCCAAUCAAGCGUUAAAGCAUCUCUACAACAAAUUUACAAGAUUUUUAAGUUGGGCAACAAUUUUCUGCUUUUUCGUCCUUACUGGGGUGUCCAUGGUCCUAUUUGUCGUUGACAGAAAAAACAGCGCAUCGGGUAGAGUUUGUGGCGACCAUUACCAUCACCAUAUAACGACAAAUGGACCUUUGAACGACACAACGACAGCCAAUGAAACACUGUCAGAAUUUACUUUUUACAAUACGUCAAAAAAAUAUCAUCUACAAGGAUUGCAAGUUAACACUAUCGCUGGAUUAAUUGGUGGACUAAUUCAGACUUCUUUCCUCGUUUUAUUUCUCUACCCGAUAAUGGAUAACAAACUUCGAGCAGUCCGCAACCUCAACAUGCAUUGCCACCACUCUCUUAUGAAACUUAUCCGGAGAACAUUUUUACUAUCCGGAGUCUGCAUAUUCUCAGAUGUAGGAAUUGCCCUCGGGGUCAAAGGUAUCCAUGCGUUGUUCCCGGAAGCGGUAUUUGCACCGUUGGCGAUGUACGACAUCAAUUUGGUCAUAAAUAUCGUUUGCAUAGUUGCCACAUUUCGUCAUUGGAGGAAAAUGCUUUUUCCCUGGUUGUAUAAUUGCUUUGGGAGAAGCUUAUUAAAUAACAGUACCAGAAAAUACUAUCUCGAACACAGAGUAUCUAGAUUUACAAGUAGCAAUGGCGGAGGCACCAUAUCAUCCCCUGGCGAUCGAUUUAAUCGCGAUUCAUCUCGCAGAGGGGCGGAUGAAAUAAAACUCAAAAAAGCCCAAGUUGUUGACGUCCUCGUGAGAAACGAAGAUGGUGAAAAUGGCGAAGCAAAUGAAAAAAUGAAAAUAGAAUCUGGAAAUGUUUCUGACGUUGAAACUGAAGAAACUAAUGGCAAUUACAUUCCAACAAGAAAAUACCGCGCAAAUUUUUCCCCAAAAACUUUUAGACCUGGUAACAUAAAUGGUUACAAAUACAGGCGAACAUACUCAGCGGGAGAAAGCGAGAUGCCAAGUAAAACAUUCACUAUGAUGAGCGGGACUCCGAUAUACGCAAGCUCUCACCUUUCUUUCAGAUCUAAGAAAGCUAAAAAUGUGGUAACGACCAAAUUAGUUUUGAAAUCAGAAUCAUUCCUACUCAUGGACAGCCCAACAAAGUCUAACAGUGCUUGAAACCUUUAUAUUCGUCUGGGGUUUGUCACAAUGUUGGUUAGUUCUGUCAACCGAUUCACCGAUGACCCUUUAAGACCCAAGGUGUAAAAGUUGGACAUUACAAGUCGAUUGGAAUUAAUUCAAAUCGAGUUUCGACUUUUAAAUGUA